GAGUCUAAAUACUUUCGUUUACGUUCAGGUAUCGCUGCGAUCUGUUACGCAACGUUAGUGCGCUGUAAAACAAUAUGAGCACCUUGCUUCAAACGGUACGAUAUGAUGCUUUACAAAUCAAUACAGGUUCGGUACACAAAAAUCCGAUCGUAUUGAUCCGAUUAUUAAUAUAUAUAUAUAUAUAUAUUAUAUAUUACUUUAAUAAUCAAGUUUUCUAAAAAUACGUUCACGUCAAGAAGAUACGAAUGAGAUGUGAAAAGCAUAUGUCACUUUGUGUAUCAACUCCGGGAUUAUUUGUCAUCGUAAAUAAGUAGUAUACGCUUGCGAUAAGCCGUGUAGAUUAAUAACUACUGCGAGGAGGAUAUCUCCCUCUCCGACUGUCUCGUAUCCAAGAUGUUUUUUCUGAUCCUGUUGGAUGCGGAUUGCUCCGGCCGCAUGCUGGCUACUAUUCUGGUCGCAUGGGUGACGACGGCGAUGAUAGCCUCGAUAUUACUGCAAUGGGAGCACAUGUGGGUUGUUUUGGUAAUAUUGACACUACUUUUCUUCCUGGUUUGCGGAUAUACCGUUUACACCGUGAAAAGAACUCACGCGAGAAUUCUGAUCGAGCAACAAAGAGCGGCGAUUCGGACUAUUUCGGACAUUACUGCCAAUCGCAGACAGGCGGGAUCGUCGACAUACGCGGUGCAUUCUUCUCCAGAUUUACCACCGUCUUACGCGUCCGUGAUGACCGUUCAGGGAACAUCGAGGCCCACUCAGAUGUCAACGACCAUCAAUCCGUCCAACGAGGAUAAAUUCGAGAAUCCUCCACCGUAUUCCAUCGUAAUCGCGUCUAUAAACGCAGCGCAAGAACAGAACGUGGAAAUGUCGAGAGAGCGGCACGUACCGUCCGUGUCCACGGAAAAGAACGACGCUGCUGUUUCAACUACUUCCGCCCUCGCUUCCGCGUCUCAAACGUACCCGCAUCCGAGAUGAUUCACAAUUAACGAAAUUAGUCUUCUUGCGGAAGACGCAAAUGGGUUCACGUCGAAAAAUGCCGUAUUAUACGAUAGUGAAUGAACGGAUUUUUGAUACGAUUACAAUUGAAAUUUUUCUUCAACAAAAACGAUCGUUAUCUUGAAGAUGUCGCAUUUUGGCGAUAUAAAAUGAGCUUCAAAGGAAAAUGACCGAUUAGAAUGUGUACGAUCGAACAAAAAUGGAGUGUUUAUUGUGGACAAAAGGAGAAUCGCAACACAUUUGUUUAUAAUUUAUUUAAAUAUAUUAAAAAAUUGUGUUU